AUGAUCAGGCUAAGUCCAAUUGUUGCAUCUAGGCAACUCCUAGCACCUGUUCUCCUACAUCUGAGCAGAUCAUCUAUCAGAACAAAUUCUACAAUUGCAAUUGAGACGAAAUGGCCAGAGCUUUCAGAAUCAGACUUUAUACAAAACUCUCAAGGAUGCAAUUCAAAGCAACCAGACUACAUAAAAUUGAUUUUAACCUCAAGGGUUUAUGAUGUUGUCCUGGACGCAGGCACGCCUUUGUCGCAUGCAAUUAAUUUAUCCAGAAGAUGUGGCUCAAACAUAUACUUGAAGCGUGAGGAUUUGUUACCUGUUUUUUCAUUCAAGUUGAGAGGUGCAUACAAUAUGAUUGCUCAUUUGCAUUCUAAUGCAAAACAGCCAAUGUCUGGUGUUAUUGCGUGCUCUGCUGGUAACCAUGCACAGGGAGUUGCAUACUCGGCAAACAAGCUAAACAUUCCAGCCACCAUUGUGAUGCCAACUCCCACUCCCUCAAUAAAAUACAGCAAUGUUUCGAGAUUGGGCUCACAGGUUGUUUUAUAUGGAGAUGAUUUCGAUUCUGCAAAGCAGGAGUGUGCCAGAUUAAGCAAGGAAAAUAAUUUGGUAAAUAUCCCUCCAUUUAAUCAUCCGUAUGUUAUCGCAGGUCAAGGUACUGUUGCAUUGGAAAUUACAAGACAGUUGAGACUAGACAAAUUAGAUGCUAUUUUUGUUCCAGUUGGAGGUGGAGGGUUAAUAGCAGGAGUUGCAGUUUAUUUGAAACACAUUGCGCCGCAUGUAAAAAUAAUUGGAGUUGAAACGUAUGAUGCCAAUGCUUUAUACCAGUCGUUAAAGAACAAGGAGCUGACACAAUUGGAUAAAGUUGGUCAAUUUGCCGAUGGAACUGCUGUCAAGGUUCUCGGAGAUGAGACUUGGAGAUUGUGUAAAGAUUUGGUUGAUGAGGUUGUGUUGGUUAAUACAGAUGAAAUUUGUGCAGCAAUAAAGGACAUUUUUGAGGACACAAGGUCAAUCACUGAACCUUCAGGAGCUUUGUCAGUGGCAGGAUUGAAAAAGUAUAUUGAGAGUCAUCCAGAAAUUGAUCACAAGAAUAAGACUUAUGUCCCUGUUUUGUCGGGUGCAAAUAUGAACUUUGACAGAUUGAGAUUUGUCAGUGAAAGAGCGGUUUUGGGUGAAGGUAAAGAGGUGUCAUUAGCUGUAACUAUACCGGAAAAACCUGGUGAAUUUGCAGUGUUGCAACAUCUCAUCAACCCAAGAGCAAUAACCGAAUUUUCAUACAGAUGCAGUGGACUCGAGAAAGCCAACAUUUUUGUAUCCUUUAACGUUGCUGACAAAAAGGUUGAAAAACCAGCUGUCAUAGAUGCCAUGGAAAAGGCAGGGUUCGAAGUUGUUGACAUUUCGGAGAAUGAGUUGGCAAAGUCGCACGGUCGUUAUUUGGUUGGUGGAAAGUCACACAUUUCGAGAACCGAAAAUGAAAAGUUGUACCUGUUUGAGUUUCCAGAGAAACCGAAUGCUUUGUUCAACUUUUUGCAAGCAUUGAAGAGCGACUGGGAUAUCAGUUUAUUCAAUUACAGAAACCACGGUCACGACGUUGGUAAGGUUUUGUGUGGGUUUAUCUUACCAGAUGGGUCCGAAGCUGAAUUUCAAGAAUUUUUGCAAAAGAUUGGUUACACAUUCAUCGAUGAGUCGGAUAAUAUCUUUUACAAGAAGUUUUUAAGAAACUAA